ACCCCAACCACCAAAAACUUCAAUCCCGGCGAAGCAAAAAAACGAUAGAAAAACCCUCCGCCCCUCUUCCCAAAAUCUCCUCCUCUUCUAAGGGAAUGCAGCAAGAUGAGAUCUCAGACGUUCGAUCCUGAUUUCGGUGGAAGGAGAAAGAAAAACAACGGCAGAUCUAGAAACUGCCAUAGAAAACACGUAGAAGACGGGUAGAUCCAGUACCUCCAUCUACCCAUCCCUCCACCCCCAAAUCCCCCUUUCUUUCUUACAGCAUCCCAUCUCUACCGUCGAUCUUUCAUCCUAGCCGUCCGAUCAUGGAAGAGAAGAAAGCGAUCUCAUCCAACGUCCUCCACGGCAAGUACGAACUGGGCCGGCAGCUGGGCCACGGCACGUUCGCGAAGGUCUACCACGCGCGGAAUAUCCAAUCUGGUAAGAGCGUGGCCAUGAAAGUGGUCGGCAAGGAUAAGGUGAUCAAGGUGGGGAUGAUGGAGCAGGUGAAGCGUGAGAUCUCUGUGAUGAAAAUGGUCAAGCAUCCCAACAUCGUCGAGCUCCAUGAAGUCAUGGCGUCCAAGACCAAGAUCUACUUCGCGAUGGAGCUCGUCCGCGGCGGCGAGCUCUUCUCCAAGGUCGCCCGUGGCCGUCUCCGUGAGGACGCUGCUAGGGCCUACUUCCAGCAGCUCAUCUCCGCCGUCGAUUUCUGCCACAGCCGCGGCGUCUACCAUCGCGAUCUCAAACCGGAGAAUCUCCUCCUCGAUGACGACGGCAACCUCAAGGUCACCGAUUUCGGGCUCUCGGCGCUUUCGGAGCACCUGAAGCAGGACGGGCUGCUGCAUACGACGUGCGGGACCCCGGCCUACGUGGCUCCUGAGGUGAUCGGGAAGAAGGGCUACGAUGGCGCGAAGGCCGAUCUGUGGUCCUGCGGCGUGAUCCUGUUCGUUCUUCUCGCCGGUUUUCUACCAUUUCAGGAUGAUAACAUCGUCGCGAUGUACAAGAAGAUCUACCGCGGCGAUUUCAAGUGCCCGCCGUGGUUCUCUCCGGAAUCCCGCCGGCUAAUCACGCGGCUCCUCGAUCCUAACCCGAGCACGCGGAUCACGAUCUCGAAGCUGAUGGAGACGUCUUGGUUCAAGAAAUCGCUCCCGCGGACGAUCAUAACAGAGGAAGAGUCGCAAGACGAUGGCCUGUCGGCGGACAAUCUCAAAGGGAAGGAGAUGGAGAGCCUGAAUGCUUUCCACAUCAUCUCGCUGUCGGAGGGGUUUGAUCUCUCACCGCUUUUCGAGGAGAAGAAGGUGGAGAGGGAGGAGAUGAGAUUCGCGACGACGGAGCCGGUGAGCAGUGUGAUAUCGAAGCUGGAGGAGGUGGGCCGCGCGGGGAAGUUCAGCGUCCGGAAGAGCGAGACGAGGGUGAGAUUGCAAGGGCAGGAAAGGGGGAGGAAGGGGAAAUUGGCGAUCGCUGCUGAGAUCUUCGCCGUCGGCAAAUCGGUCUUUGUAGUCGAAGUAAAGAAGGACGGCGGAGAUACGCUGGAAUACAAUCAGUUCUGUAGUCAGGAGCUGCGGCCGGCUCUCAAAGACAUCGUCUGGACUUCGCCGGCGCCGAGCCAGACGCUGGCCUGAAAGAGGAGGUGGAGAAAAGACUGUAAUUUAUUGUGAGAAAUGAUCACAUACAUUAAUUUCUUUGAAUAUCUGACCCGUGCAGAUGGUGGGCCACGCUCAAAUGAGCGGAUUGAGUUGAUUUGGCUAUCAUUUGAUGAUCAUGGCGUGUGGCCUACUUCUAACGGAUGAGAUUUUCUGUGGAAGGAAUGGCUGUAUUGGAAGAUGAUAGCAGCCUGUGUAUGUGAUCAUUUCUCAUUUCUGGUCCCUUUCUUUUUUAACCGUUUAUUUCUUACUGUGAUUAGGGUUUUUUUUAUUGAUCCAAUUAUAAAU